GCCACCGCCAGCCCGGGAGUGCGGCGGGAAGGCGGAGCGAGGGCGUGCGUCCGACGGCGCUAGGACCCCGCGGCGCGGGCCGAGCGGAAGGGAAGCGCGGCGGGCGGCGGCCGCGGCGGCGCGCAGGUACCAUGACUCCCAUGAGGACCCAGCAUUCCUUGGUGGGUCAGACCUACUCAGUGCCUCUCAUCCAGCCCGACCUUCGGCGAGAGGAAGCCAUUCAACAGGUGGCAGAUGCCCUGCAGUACCUACAGAAAGUCUCUGGAGAUAUCUUUAGCAGGUGGAAUCUCCCAGCGAGUGGAGCUGAGCCGGAACCAGCUACAGGCCAUUGGGGAGAGGGUCUCCUUGGCACAGGCCAAGAUCGAGAAGAUCAAAGGCAGCAAGAAGGCCAUCAAGGUGUUCUCCAGUGCCAAGUACCCAGCCCCAGAACGUCUGCAGGAAUAUGGCUCCAUAUUUACCGGUGCCCAAGACCCUGGGCUGCAGAGACGGCCUCGACACAGGAUCCAAAGCAAGCACCGCCCCUUGGAUGAGCGGGCCCUGCAGGAGAAGCUGAAAUACUUCCCUGUCUGUGUGAACACCAAGCCAGAGCCAGAGGAUGAAGCUGAGGAAGGGCUUGGGGGUCUUCCCAGCAACAUCAGCUCUGUCAGCUCCUUGCUGCUCUUCAACACCACUGAGAACCUGUAUAAGAAGUAUGUCUUCCUGGACCCCCUUGCUGGUGCUGUAACAAAGACCCAUGUGAUGCUGGGGGCAGAGACGGAGGAGAAGCUGUUUGAUGCCCCUCUGUCCAUCAGCAAGAGAGAGCAGCUGGAGCAGCAGGUUCCAGAGAACUACUUCUAUGUGCCAGACCUGGGCCAAGUACCUGAGAUCGAUGUGCCGUCCUACCUGCCUGACCUGCCUGGCAUCGCUGAUGACCUCACGUACAGUGCUGACUUGGGCCCAGGCAUUGCCCCCUCUGCGCCUGGUGCCAUUCCUGAACUGCCCACCUUCCACACAGAGGUUGCUGAGCCUUUCAAAGCAGACCUAGAGGAUGGGGUGCUCACAGCACCCCCACCCCCACCACCGCCUCCGCCACCACCCCCAGCUCCUGUGGUGCUGGCCACUGCCCCUCCACCCCCUCCUUCACCCCAGACAGUGGUCUCCACCAGCCAAGGCGCCAGGGAGGACGACAGCAGCAGCAGUGCACCUCCUUCAGCUCCAGUCCAGGGAGCUCCCAAGGAAGUGGUUGACCCCUCCAGUGGCCGGGCCACUCUGCUGGAGUCCAUCCGCCAAGCUGGGGGCAUCGGCAAGGCCAAGCUGCGCAGUGUUAAAGAGCGCAAGCUGGAGAAGAAAAAACAGAAGGAGCAGGAACAAGUGAGAGCCACAAGCCAGGGUGGGGACCUGAUGUCAGAUCUCUUCAACAAGCUGGUCAUGAGGCGCAAAGGUAUCUCCGGGAAGGGACCUGGGACUGGGGCCAGUGAGGGACCAGGAGGAGCCUUUGCCCGAAUGUCAGACUCCAUCCCACCUCUGCCACCCCCACAGCAGCCACCAGGAGAGGAGGAUGAGGAUGACUGGGAGUCUUAAGGGGCUUGUCCCUCUCUAAACCCUGACUUGGGCUGUUGCCUCCUUGGAAACAUCCAAAAGCAGCUCCUGGGCCUGCCACCCUAUCAAUCCCUGCUGUCUGAGGAUAGCUGGGAUGGGGGACAAUCCCAGGUCUGUACCUGAAUCCCCUGCUUGCUCACGUGACUGCCUUACCCACCCCUUUACCAGGGUGCUCUGCUCUUCCCUAAAGAUCUUUUAAGGGAAAACAGCGAUGUGAAUCAAUAAAGGGUUAUACAAGAAUGGAGCACAAGCCAGCAGUACAC